CGCAUAAUAAAACUCUGUUAUUAAUAUUUCCACUAUACAGUUAAGACAAGGGUAGUUUGGUAAAUAAAGAAACUCCCUUAUCUCAUUUCAGAUCCUCCUUUCUUGCUACCGCCUGCCUAUUCAGAGCAUCUCCAACCCAUAACACUAUUAUAGUGUCAAAACCACACUAUUUUAGUGUAAUUUUAGCACUAAAAAAAAGUUCUUCUCCAACCAUAACACCAAAUUUCACACUAAAAGCUAUUUUAUAAUAUUAUAUGUAUUUAUAGUUUUAUUUUUCAUUUAUUUAAUUGUCUAUUUUAUUAAUAAAUUAAGUGAAUAGUGUUUUAGUGGGGUGAAUAGUGUUUUAGUGUGGUGAAUAGUGUCACACCAAAUUUGGUGUGAAAUUAUAGUGUUGCACUAAAAUGGUGUGAUUUUUAGUGUUGGGUUGGAGAAGGUUUUUGUGUCAAAAUCACACUAAAAUAGUGUUUUGGAGUUGGGUUGGAGAUGGCCUCAUAAAAGAGAGAGAGAGACGCAAUCUUUUCUACAGGUUUCCUUCUCUCCUCUUCUCCACUUUCUAAUUAAAAUCUGUAUCAUUCAAUCGCAAAGAUUCGAUUCAUAAAAACCGAACCUUAAAUUCAUCUUGGAGGAGGGUUUCGUAAUCUCUUCUUUUAUGGUUUUGAUUCCUUGGAAUCGAUCACAGUUUCUAUUCCCGAGUCUGAUCCUCUCGCUUCUCAUCAUUCUAACAAUCGAGAAACCCGACCCGGAAGCCAUGAGAGUCCACCCAAUCCCCAGAAACCUUAACAACACCACCUUGAUCCACCACCACCAUCGUCGUAACCCGACCCGAGAACCCGGAAAGAAUCUGCGUCGUUUACCGCACAUCUUCAGCCGCGUUCUUGAGCUUCCGUUAAGGUCCGAAGCAGAUGUUGCCGUGGAGGAGAAACACGAUUGUUUCAGAUUCGUGGCGGAGACGGCGGGUCUCUGCGACGGCGGGGAGAUGAGGGCCUACGUGGUGGAUAUCCAUCCGGGUAUAACCAAGAUCGUUGUGAGGACAAAUGGGUUGUCUUUGGGGUUGUCGCUGGACGAGUUGGAGCUCGACAUGUGGCGUUUUAGGCUUCCGGAGACGACCAGGCCUGAGCUUGUUACGGUGGUUUGUGUUGAUGGGGUUUUGAUUGUUACCGUCCCCAAGAUGGUUCCAGAGGAGGAAGAUGGUGGUUUUCGACAAGGUAUGGCAAGUGGGAGGCUUGUUCUUGUUCAGUAAUACAGUUUGGUUGUGUAAUGAUAUGAUUAUUAUGUCUUUAAAAAGAUUUGCUUUUCGUUUCUUUCAUAUAUUGUUGUUAGCCUUACUUUUUUGUUGGCAAUUUAGUUGAAAUAAAAAAAAAAAAAGACAGGUUGAGACUU